UCAUCAACUAUCAUCAGCUUCAUAUUCCCUAUCAAUUUCUACCUCCAAUACCCAAUACCCUUUUAAGAACACUCCUCUUAAAUCAACCGCAAUUAUGUUCGGAUUCGGCGACGCCCACGACGACUACCAACAGGCCUACAACACCGACGACAACACCCCCAACGAGGCCAAGUUCUCCCACGAAGCCAUCGCAGGCGCCGCCGCCUUCGCUGGAUUCAAAGCCUUUGAGGACAAGCAGCGCAAAGACGGCAAGCCCGUCUCCCACCAGUUCGCCAAGGAGCUCCUCGCCGGCCUUGCCGGCGCUGAGGUCGACCGCCUUGCUGAGACCAAGGGUAUGGAUUUCUACGACAAGGAGCGUGCCCAGCAUCAGGCGAAGGAGAAGAGCCAUGAGCUGUAUGAUCAGCACUAUGGACAGCAUGAGGAGUAUAACCCUCAGCAGAGGGAUGCGCCGCAAGAGAUGCAGCAGUAUGGGAGCUGGUAGGUCUGUUGAACGGGCUUAGUUGCCUAUGACUGAUAACGGGAAUGAAAUGGAUGGCCUUUGUGAACAUGAAUUGGUGGUUUGGAUGUUUGUAUGUGAUUGUAUUCGCAGUGCUCUAUUCAAUGCCUAGAACUAGAUAUGGUGCGUUCGCCGCCAUCCUUGUGUUUCAGCACAUAGAGUGGCUUCAGCCAAAGCCAACGAAAUCUAUUCGGCCACAUUGUCCCCGCCAGCAACAGUC